AUGAGUUCAGGCGGACUCAAGAAAAACGAAAACUUGAAAAAUCUCUAUCGGACUGCCGGUUGUGACGGUCGAGGUGUGACUUUCAUCUUUACUGAUUCGGACGUGAAAGACGAAGGAUUCCUCGAGUAUAUCAAUAACAUUUUGGCUUCCGGAAUGGUGACUGCACUCAAUCACAAAUAUUUCCGUACACAUUUGGAAGACGCACUGUCACAAGGACGUCCGUUGCUUAUUGAAGAUAUCGGGGAAGAAUUGGAUCCGUCGUUGGAUGAAGUGUUGGAGAAAAAUUUCCUCAAGUCUGGCACUGGGUUAAAAGUGAAAGUCGGUGAUAAAGAGGUAGAUUUGCAAAAAGGAUUCACUCUGUACAUGACCACCAAACUACCCAAUCCGGCCUAUCCACCCGAGGUGUCUGCACGUGCGUCCAUAAUCGAUUUCACGGUAACAUCGCAAGGUCUUGAGGAUCAGCUGUUGGCACGCGUGAUUCAGACCGAGAAAGAGGAUCUUGAACAUCAACGCCUCUCCCUGAUUGCAAGUACGACGGCCAAUCGAAGACGUAUACUUGAAUUGGAAAACAGUUUACUCUAUCGAUUGGCAAAUACUGAAGGUUCCCUGGUGGACGAUCAGGGUCUGGUAGAUGUGCUGCAGACAACCAAAUCUACUUCUAUCGAAGUGGCUCAACAAUUGACUCAAGCUCAGGACACAGAGGCAGAGAUUACGGCUGCCCGAGAGGAAUUUCGUCCAGUCGCUGCACGUGGUUCACUACUGUAUUUUCUCAUUACCGAAUUGACCGGGGUGAAUCCGAUGUAUCAUACCGGAUUAAAUCGUUUUUUGCGUCUGUUUGACAAAUCAAUGUCCUGCUCCGAACCAUGUCCGGUCACCUCGAAACGUGUGAUGAAUAUUAUUAACUACAUGACGCGAUCUGUAUGGGCAUUUGCGGUUCGUGGAAUGUUUAAAAUGGAUCGUACCAUGACCACACUGAUGUUAGCUUUGCGUAUUGAUUUGCAACGAAAGAAUAUUCGUCAAGAAGAAUUUACCACAUUCAUUCAGAUGAUUGAAAUGUCUAAACAGUUUCAAUCACAAAGUCAAAAUGGCAACAAAUAUCUCACAGAAGCUCCGCAUCAGCUUCAGUUGCGAUUGAUGGGAAAAUCAUCCGUGUCACCUAUUUGCCCUAGCAGCAAACGGAUUUUACAGACGCUAUCCAGUAUCGUAAUUGUUGGUGAAUCAGACUGCCGCACACCUCUGGUCGGUCUGCUCAGUAUGGGUGCUGAUCCAACUCCGUUUAUCGAACAAGCUGCUCGUCGAGCGAAACUGGAACUGAACGCGGUCUCUAUGGGUCAAGGUCAAGAAGUCCACGCACGUCGUCUGGUUAAACAGGCUAUGACUGAAGCGACACCUGUCCCUGGAGCUGCUGGUACUCCCGGGGCCGGUGGUGCCGGAGGUGCAGCAGGUGGACCUGGUGGUGCAGAGGUAGCCGAAGGUGCUGGCGCUGGGGCUGGCGGAGCGGCUGGUGGUCCAGCCGUUGGACCAACCAGUCCAACUGCUACAAAUCCAGAGAGUGGAGCAGGUGCAGCUGUUCAGAGUGGUUUCCACGAACGAUUCCGUCUUUGGGUGACCACCGAGGAGCACAAAUCGUUCCCGAUCAAUUUCUUGCAAGUGGCUAUCAAAUUCACCAACGAACCACCGGAAGGAAUCAAAGCGAAUCUUUAUCGCACGUACAGCGAAGUCACGCAAGACUUUUUGGACACAUGUGUCCAAAAAGUCUUGCGUGACUUGCUUUACGCAUUAGCAUUUCUGCACUGCACUGCACAAGAACGACGUAAAUUUGGUCCGAUGGGUUGGAGCAUCCCGUAUGAAUACAAUCAAUCGGAUUUCAAUGCGAGUGUACAGUUUAUUCAGAAUCAUUUGGAUAGUUUAGAAUUUAAGAAAGCACAAAAAGUCAGCGUAAGUUUUUCUAAUAAGCUUUGUAUUUUGCACUUUUCUGGUGAAUUUUGUGGUAAAUUUUUCUGA